CUGAUUUAACGACUCUUCUCUCUAUAUAUUAUUUUUGACUCGCAAGUCGCAAGUCGCAACUCGCAAAACACCACCUCCCCACCACCACUAACACCGCAACCACCACCAUGCACAUCAACCUUGAUCUCGAACACGAAGUACCCUGUUCUUAUGCUCCACUACCAAAUGAGGAGGUUCAGCAAGAGAUCCCAGCGAAUCGCCGAAGACCCAUGAAGGUUUUUGUAUCGACCAGCUCCGCGGUGUUUUUCCUGGCUUUUUUCGUGGUGUUGUUGGGCAGCCAGAGAUCGGAGACCCCAGAAGUAAUAGAAGGAGGUAGUGGAUCAUUGGAGAUUUCAGAGCAGGUGUCUAGAGGGGUGGCGAAGGGGGUAUCCGAGAAGGCAUUCCGACAAUUCUCCGGCGAUGGGUACUCAUGGACAAACGCCAUGUUAGCUUGGCAGAGAACUGCCUAUCAUUUUCAGCCAGAGAAGAACUGGAUGAAUGAUCCAGAUGGCCCAAUGUUCCACAUGGGGUGGUAUCAUCUGUUCUACCAGUACAACCCAGAUAGCGCAAUUUGGGGAAACAUAACGUGGGGACACGCCGUAUCAAAGGACCUGAUUCAUUGGCUCUACCUUCCCUUGGCCAUGGUCCCCGACCAAUGGUAUGACAUCAACGGUGUCUGGACGGGCUCUGCUACCCUCCUCCCCAACGGCACUGUCCUCGUUCUCUACACCGGUUCCACCAACGAGUCGGUCCAGGUUCAAAACCUGGCCUACCCGGCCGACCCCACCGAUCCUCUCCUCCUCAAGUGGCUCAAGUACCCUGGCAAUCCCGUCAUAGUCCCACCCGCAGGAAUCGAGUCGACCGAAUUCCGUGAUCCGACCACGGCCUGGUUCAGCACGAACGACACCUGGCGAGUCACCCUAGGGUCCAAGGUUAACACCACGGGGAUCUCUCUGGUCUACGAGACGACGGACUUCCGAUCUUACGCCCUCCUCGAAGGUGUCCUCCACGCCGUUCCGGGAACUGGCAUGUGGGAGUGCGUGGACUUCUAUCCCGUCUCCACCACCGGCGAGAACGGUCUUGACACGUCAGUGAACGGGCCAGGAGUGAAGCAUGUGCUUAAGGCUAGCCUAGACGACAACAAGCACGACUAUUACGCUCUCGGGAUCUACGAUCAGGAGAACGACACGUGGACGCCGGAUAACCCUGAGGAGGACGUGGGCAUUGGGAUGCGGUACGAUUACGGCAAGUACUACGCUUCGAAGACAUUCUACGAUCAGAACAAGCAGAGGAGGAUUCUUUGGGGUUGGAUCGGUGAGACCGAUAGCGAGGCUGCUGACAUUGAAAAGGGUUGGGCUUCCGUUCAGAGCAUACCGAGGGUGGUGGUGUUCGAUAACAAGACAGGGACCAAUAUUCUACAAUGGCCAGUGGAGGAGGUGGUGAGCUUGAGAGAGAAUACUACUCUGGAAUUCGAUAGUGUGAAGGUGGAUGCUGGAUCAGUUGUGCCGCUUGACAUUGGCGAAGCUACCCAGUUGGACAUAAUUGCCGAGUUUGAGAUAGAUGAGGAGGCUUUGCAGAAAACCAUUGGAGCAGACGUAAUUUACAAUUGCACCACCAGUGGUGGUGCUGCUGGUCAGGGUGCAUUGGGACCCUUUGGUCUAUUGGUUCUUGCAGAUGAGACCCUCUCCGAGCAGACGCCUGUGUAUUUCUACCUAGUUAAGGGUAGUGAUGGCAAUGUCUCAAGUUUCUUCUGCAGCGACGAAUCAAGAUCUUCUGAGGCCAAUGAUGUGGGUAAACUUGUUUAUGGAAGCAAGGUUCCUGUACUUAAUGGCGAAACACUAUCAAUGAGAUUAAUGAUUGAUCAUUCCAUAGUAGAAAGUUUUGCUCAAGGUGGAAGAACAGUAAUCAGCUCGCGGGUUUAUCCAACAAAGGCCAUAUAUGGAGCAGCCAGACUCUUCCUUUUCAACAAUGCAACGGGGGCCAACAUAACUGCAUCUCUCAAGAUAUGGCAAAUGAAUUCUGCUUUCAUUAAACCUUACUCUGAUCAAUGAAAAGAUGCAACUUUCCAACAUCUAUCGCCUUCCUUCUUGUAGCAUUUCUUGCUAUCUCAUCCAAUUUUUGUUGAGAUCGAUACUGCCAUUAAUUUUGCCAUUGGUAAUGCCUAUUGGGUAUGUAAAAAAUUUUAUUUUGUAUCCUACCGAAUAAAUUAUAAGUUUCUCUAAUAUAUAAUCUCUUUCAUCCUUGA